CUCUAGUCCUCUUCCUCUUCUCCAUAACCGCUGCUUCUCUCCCCCGUCUUCUCUUCCAAGACUCUAGCCGCCGCCGCCGCCGCCGCCGCCUCUCAAGUUUCUCUUUAGUUAGUUACACAUUAGUUUGAUCUCUCACGGCCUCAUGGCCCCAUGGUUGAUGCGAGCUUUGAUUUCUUCGAGAGAUUGAACAGCGAGAUGGAAGAGGGAAGUUGAGAGCAGUUGAAGAGAAUCCCAUCCAUGGCCAAGGAUAGAAGACGGAGGCGCUCCCCUUCCACAUCCUCCUCUUCCGACAGCGAGAGCUCAGAGGAAGAGAGAAGAAGGAGGAGGAAGAAAUCUAGCCGCCACAAAGAGAGCAGCAAACGACGAUCCUCAAAGAAGGAGGAGGAGGAGGAGGAGAGACGUGAGAGAUCCAGGAAGGCCAAGGAUAAGAGGAAAGAGAAGCGGAGGUCUAGCCCUAGUGAUGAUCCCAAGCCCGAACUUGAUGAGCCUGAAUCGGUGCUCUGUCUCAUCCUUGAUAGAUACCCUGAUGUUGCCAGUGAUUUGAAACAGCUUCUUGAAAUGCUUGAUAAUGGGCAGGGAGUUGAUUUGAGAGGAAUUUCUGAGAAAUCAUUGGUGAAGCUUUUGAAGAAACUUUUCCAAUCUUUAAACGUUGAUCAGAAUGAAAAAGGAAUUUUCUUGCUUCCUCCACUGAGUGUUCCUACUUUGGAGGUCAUUGGGUCAACAUUGAGAUCUUAUCUCAAGCCGAAAGAUUAUAAUGAGUUUUUGAAUUCUGGGUCACAAAAUGAACAAGCUAAGGUGGAUGAUAAAGAAGUUGUUGAUGUUGCAGUACUGGUGGAUGGACCAAAGGAGAAGGAUUCUGCCCCAUCUAGAAGAAGGGUGAUUGGACCUGAAAUGCCAUCUCGUGAAUUGUUGGCUGCAGCUGCUGAAUUGACACAAGCAGAGGCUACGCUGAGGGAAGCUGAAGAAGAAGUUGAUAAUGAUUUGUUUAUAGGCCCUCCCCCACCUGCUAUUGUUGCUGAAGCUGAAUCAGCAAAUGAAGCUGAGAGGUUUGAAGAGGUGUCACGAAUUGCUGGGGCUGAGGUUGAUAAACCAUAUGAUGUGCUUGCGGUGAAUUGGAAAAUGUCAUUUGAUAACAUAAAAAAGAGGUAUUGGAAAUUAUCUUUGAUGGUUCAUCCUGACAAAUGCUCCCACCCGCAAGCACACCAGGCUUUUGUGAUAUUAAACCGAGCUUUUAAAGACCUUCAGGAUCCUGACAAGAGAAAGGCCAUUGAUGAGAAGAUCAAACUUAAAGAAGAACAAGAGCAGUUUGAGGCUGAGCUGAAAGAACUAAGGGAAGCUGCUAGAUGGAGACAAUUACAAGGUAUAAGCCUUGAAGGAGAUGAAGAACUUCUGGCAGUAGUAAAAGAAGCUCCCAAAAGAGAUGAAUGGAUGACAACAUUGCCUCCUGAGAGGAAACCAGGAAUGCCGCCUAGACAGUCUACAUCAUUUAGCAAAACAGGCAAAGAGGGACGAGGUGAUACUAGUGUGUGGACCGACUCCCCCAGUGACAGAGCAGAAAAAGCAAAGCUGAACUAUCUAGAAGCUUACAACAAAGCCAAAGCAAUUUCUGACGUGGAUGGUGAGAACAGCAAAAGAAGCUCAAAUGCUAGUUUGGUUGAUGAAUAUAAUGCUUCCAAGCGAUCUGUCUCUCUUCUCCAAAAGCAUCAAGCAAAGGGCAAACAACCGAAAAAGAAAUCAAAGCAGCCCGAGAAAGAAGAAUGGGUUGGUGCACACCCUUGGAAACCAUGGGACCGUGAGACCGAUUUGUCAGCAGGUCGGAAAAAGGUCGAUUUGGAUUCGAAGAACAUGGGGCAGGGUUUGACCUCGCGCUUCUCAUCUGGCCCCACACAAAGGAACUUCUUGUGAGCGAGUUCAUUACCGAUAUGUCGAUGACUGCAACUCCUGAGUUUUGCGGGAGAGUUGUGAAUGCCUUGCGCUCUCAUAAAUGCCUGUCUUCAUGCUCUGAAUUAAUUUUGCCAUGGUUUUCUUUUCCCUUUGGUCCAGGUAAAAUCACUGACUUUGUAUUUUAUAAGAAAUAAAUGAUGAAUUGUGUAAGUUGUCCAUCCCAAUUCAGUGUGUUUUGAAGA